AUGGUGACCACCGGCGACGUCUCCGGGCGCGCCGCACACUCGGCCGGCACAAAAAGGUCCUCUCAUGAAACUCGCAGCCAGGCAGUCCACGCAUCAACAACUAGAGUAACCAGGUCGACGAGAUUGCAAACCCCUCCUCCACCAUCGUCAGGCAACUCACGCGAGGAACCACCGACGGAGAUUGCCAGAAACCCACGGCGGGCGCCAACCACAGCUGAGAACCAUGUGAACAACUUGGACGUGGAAGCAGUCGAUAGCGCUUUGCGCCGGGAAAUUCAGCAACGCCAAAAUUCACCAGGGCCAACUUCGCAUAGGAAGCGACAGCGCAUCAACGGUGAUAGGUUUAUUCCCACCCGGUCUGGACAAGACUUGCAAGCCAGCUUUAGUCUUUUGCAUGAAGAGGGCUCUCCCGCGACGCCCAGACAGAAAAGGCGCACACCGCAAGGGGAGCUUCAUUUUCAGAAAACUGAGGAAGCAAAUCGUACGUUCUCAACUGUGCUACGACAAGAAGUUUUUGAGGAUACUGUGCCACAGAUUGCCCCGGAGUCUCUAUCACCAGACCAUAGGAGAGCAUCGCGGGGUUAUCUACAUGAGGGUACAAGGUCUCAGACGCCUCCUCGGAAUGGACUUCCGGCCGCGGCAGCACCAACAACCCUUACCCCCUCUACACCUCACAAGAACCUGUUCUCGUAUCUAUCACCACGACAUGCUAGCCUUGGCGGCCAUCCAACUCCAUCCAGGACGCCACAAAGUCGGCACGGCAUUAACCUGGACACCCGGGCCGAAAUCUACAGUCUCUCACCCAUAAAACAUAAGAGCCAACAACUGUUACUGAGCCCACGGAAGCAGCCACGCGCGAUCAGCAAGGUUCCCUAUAAGGUGUUGGACGCUCCUGAGUUGCUGGACGACUACUACUUGAAUCUAGUCGACUGGGGGAGCGCCAAUGUCCUGGGUGUUGGCUUGGGAUCCAGCGUCUACAUGUGGAAUGCACAAACAAGCAGGGUCAACAAGCUAUGUACGCUGGAAGACGACACCGUGGCAAGCGUUUCAUGGAUACAAAAGGGUACCCAUCUCGCUAUCGGUACUCACAAAGGACUGGUACAAAUCUGGGAUGCCGAGAAAGCACGAAGGCUGAGGACGAUGACGGGCCAUACUGGCAGGGUGGGAGCGUUGGCAUGGAACACCCACAUCCUGACAUCAGGGUCCCGGGAUCGUCUAAUAUACCACCGCGACGUUCGAGCCCCGGAUCAGUGGCUGAAGAAAUUGGUUGGCCACAAGCAAGAAGUUUGUGGUCUAAAAUGGAAUUGCGACGAUGGCCAACUUGCCAGUGGAGGAAACGACAACAAAUUGAUGGUGUGGGAUAAGCUUUCAGAUACGCCGCUAUGGAAGUAUUCUGGCCAUACAGCAGCCGUCAAGGCGAUAGCCUGGUCACCACAUCAACGCGGCCUCCUGGCUUCCGGUGGCGGAACUGCUGAUAGACGCAUCAUCUUUCACGACACCGUUCGCGGCACGGUACUUAACGAGGUGGACACGGGUAGCCAGGUCUGCAAUAUUGCCUGGUCCAAGAACUCCAACGAAAUCGUUUCCACGCACGGUUACAGCCAAAACCAAAUAGUAGUCUGGAAGUACCCCUCCAUGACGCAAGUCGCCAGCCUAACAGGUCACACUUAUCGGGUGUUGUACCUGGCCAUGAGCCCGGAUGGCAAGACCGUUGUAACCGGUGCCGGAGACGAGACCUUGCGGUUCUGGAACCUUUUCGGCAAGAGCACGAAGAAAAAUAUCCACGACUUGGACGGAGGCGGCAGCGGACGCUCAGGUGACUGGGGAGUUAUUCGAUGA